AUCGACCGAGUGGCCUGAGGCUUGAACUCGACUUUGUUGUGAGAAUACUCUCAGUGCAGCUCCAAUCAAUCUUCACCAAUCAAAAUGCGUCCGACAUACCACGCGGUCAUGGCUCUGGGCUUGCUGAUGCACACCGUUCUGGCGGGACCGAUUAUUGAGUCGAAAGAGGACAAAAGUAUCGUCACCGGAAGGGCGUCUAUGCUCGGGAGAUUCGAACCAAUUGUGAACUCAGUCGUCGUGCCUUUCCUGGUCGCGACUGGAGUCGUUUCCCUAGUCAGAAUGGUUCCCGGAGUGGUAUCAUCUCUGCCAGGCAUGUUCGGAUUCGCAAAACGUACCGGUUACGAGGGCGGCGACACGUACCCGAAAGAAUUCUACGACAUCAUGACAAUGCUCGACAACGCCUCCGUCAAAUACGGUCAGCACGUGACGGACCCCAACGCAAUCCAGCGUCAGCCGGUCGCCUCCGCUAGCCAACAGUACCAAUACCAGUACCAGCAGUACCUCCAACAGGCCGCCCAAGCCCAGGCCGCUCAACAGCAAGCAGCUCAGGUCGCCCAAUCCCAGAGCGGUCAGAAGACGCAGGCCACCGCGAGACAACAUCAGGGUUGAGCGUUUCGUCGAUUGCCGUGAUCAUCACCUCAUGUUCAGCUUCAAUGAAAUUUCGGAGUCUGAAUGCCUCAAGCUGUCUGUCGAAAAUUCGUUCUCCCAUUUCUGAAACCCGCGCGCGUUGUAGACUGCGGCUUCAUCGGCGGCCUCCCAGAGCCAACUGAUUCGGACAUGCUACGAGCCAGCCAACAAGAGCAGAGGAGGGGGACAGAAAAAGAUUUCAUUGAGCCCCGGAAACGAUGGCCUUACCCUAGUAAAGAAUUGUACUGUCCGGGCGCGAACUUUUCGCGGCUCGACUCAUUUCCUCGUGUAGAUACCUCAACAAAUUGCCCCGCACCCUCCGAUGUUGUCCGAUGUCAAGUCGCUCCGCUUGUGUAUAUACUUGUACUCUCAUCUGGAUGGGGAAGAAAAAAGCCUCGAAUAAGUCACGUCGAGCUUCGGAUUCUUAGCUCGCAGCUGCUGUCCUUCCAUCUGAAUUGCGCACCUAUUUAUUUUUCACGGAACACUAUCUACGGUGAUUCCCUCUAGUCUUACACCUCAACCACUUCUGCUUCCGUAGUCGAGCGUGGGAUUUUUUUCUGAUCCGAUCCCGUUCGAUCAAAACGCCCCACGACCUCGACUGAACAACUCAUCUAGCUAGAGGCAUUUGAUAAAAAUUCAUCCUAUCUUCCCUUUCUUCUCAUUCAAAUGCCGGUCGGCGACACGUCUUCCUCGCCGGAGACAACCCACCUAAGCUAUUGCUCAAGCUAACAAAAUAGAAAAAAAAUCUCGAUGAACAUCUCUGAUGUUCAGAGUUCCGAAGCUUUCGCUUCUAUCAUCAAUGGAUCCUGAAGCUGAGCAUCACCUUAACUUAUUGCCUAUUGCAUGAUACAUGAAAACUCUUCGACGCAGGAGCCACAAGUAUUCGACGAGAUGAAGGGCGUCCCGAUAUCACAUAAUAUUCAUAAUAUUUCAUGCUUUCCAUGAUCACAUCUAUACAUGGCAGACCUAGAAUCAUGUAGAACUCGCACACAUUAUCAAGUAAAUCAAUAAAUGAUGU